UUGUCUGGAAGUGCUAAGAAAGUGGGGAGGUGUAUGCGUUUUGGAUUCAUUUAGAAAAAGAAAAGAAAAAAAAAGAAAAGGCCUCCUCGCAAUUCCCACUAUCACCCACUAAGCAACAACCGCGGGUGGUUGUUUUGUUUUGUUAGGGCAUGUUUGGAUCGGUGGUAAAUUCUCAAGUCCUUCCAAAUUGUGGCCAGCUCUUAUUCGCAUCCACUUCAGAUAUUGACAAAACCCCAUCAAUUUUGAGAGAAGAAUAUGAAUUUGUAGAGGGAAAAUCUAGGUGGGUUUCUUGAGAGAUGAAGAAAGAGAGAGAAAUUAAGCUAUUUCUUCGUCUGAAAUUCCUUAUUCUUCUGAUCCUACCAAUGAAGGACAAAUCAAUGGCGACAAAAACCAUACUCUUGUAUUGUCUGUCUCUAAUGCAGCCAUGGAAAAGUCGUUCCAGACAAAGGCUUUGAUUCCAGGACCAUUUCUUCUCUUCUGGGGUUCUUCGAUCGUUGUUUCGAUUCGUGUUUGAUCCUCUUCUGGUACUUUAAUGGCAGGAAUGUUUAACGGGGAGGGGUCGUCGUCAGUAACUUCAUCGCCGUUGCAGCUCUUUCCGUGGUCGUUAUCGCCUGGUAUAGGAUCGCCAUACCCUUUUCUAAGGGAGCUGAAAUCUGAAGAGAGGGGCUUAUGUCUGAUUCACCUUCUUCUUGCCUGUGCCAACCAAGUUGCCAUUGGCAACAUCGAAAAUGCCAACGUUGGCCUCGAGCAAAUUUCCCACCUAGCUUCGCCCGACGGGGACACAAUGCAGCGGAUUGCUGCCUACUUCACCGAGGCACUCGCCGAUCGGAUACUCAAAUCGUGGCCAGGCUUACACAAAGCCUUGAACUCGACCAAAAUAUUGUCGGUCCCGGAAGAGAUUCUUGCUCAAAGAUUGUUCUUUGAGCUAUGUCCUUUCUUGAAGCUUGCAUAUGUGAUAACUAAUCAGGCUAUCAUAGAAGCUAUGGAGGGAGAAAGGAUGAUUCAUAUUAUUGAUUUCAAAUCAUGUGAGCCUGCUCAAUGGAUAAACCUUCUUCAGACAUUGAAAGACCGACCAGACGGUCCGCCCCAUGUGAGAAUAACCGGAAUUCACGAACAGAAGGAGGUGUUGGAACAAAUGGCUGUUCGGCUAACCGAAGAGGCCGAAAAAUGGGACAUACCAUUUCAGUUCACCCCAGUUGUUAGCAAGUUAGAGAAUCUCGACCUUGAAAGUUUAAGGGUGAAGACAGGAGAAGCACUCGCAGUGAGCUCAGUACUCGAACUUCACACGAUUUUAGCCACGGACGACGAUAAGACAAAAACGUCGCCAUCUGCAUCGAAGAACUUGCAAAAGCUCCUACGUAUGAAGCAGCGAACGCUCGGAGAGUGGCUGGAAACAGAUUCGUUGCAAGUUUUUAGUAGUAGCCCGGAUUCGGCAUCGGUAUGUUCGCCAUCAGGAUUGAAUCCUUCACAAAAGAUGAAUAGUUUUUUGAAUGCACUGUGGGGGCUAUCUCCAAAAGUGAUGGUAAUAACAGAGCAAGAAUCAAACCUGAAUGGAUCAGGGUUGAUGGAGAGAGUACUAGAAGCACUAAACUUCUAUGCUGCAUUGUUUGAUUGCUUGGAAUCAACGGUGUCGAGGUCGUCGAUCGAGCGACAAAGGGUGGAGAAGAUGCUUUUAGGAGAGGAAAUAAAGAACAUCAUUGCUUGCGAGGGAGCGGAGAGAAGGGAGAGACACGAAAAGCUCGAGAAAUGGAUAGUACGAUUCGAAAGCGUGGGGUUCGGGAGGGUUGGAUUGAGUUAUAAUAGUAUGUUUCUGGGGAAUAGAUUGUUGCAGAGCAAUGGAUAUGAUGGUUAUAAAAUCAAAGAAGAGAAUGGAUUUUUGUUCAUUUGUUGGCAAGAUAGGCCACUUUUUUCUGUAUCAGCUUGGGGGUUUCAAAGGCAAAGCUGAUUAUGAUGAUGAUGAUUUCAUAGCUUUUUGUAACCAAUUUUUGUUUGUGCUCAAAGACUUCACUUCCUCAACAAUGCAUAUUGUAACAAGGUUCUUCAUGGUUUUUUUU